AUACUUCCUGGUGACAAUGGCCAGCUAUGUCACCACUCCUAUUCACCUGAGCCCUUUAAAAAGCAACAUUUGACUACGGAGCAAAGUGACUACACAGGGCAAACUAGAGAGGAUUUUUUUCUGGACAAUUUCAGGUUUGGAAGCAAGAAUGUCUCACACAGUCUUACCCGUGAACUCUUCAACACUCAUCAUCCAGAUUCAACCACCAACUGGGUCUGUGACAAAUGCUCCUGUGCCUGUUUAUUCUCCUCUUCAUGGACUUCAGGCAUUUCUGAAAGGCCAACCAAAAGCCCUUGGGACUGUCCAGAUAAUGAUUGCUCUGUUAACAUUCCUGCUUGGGAUCAUGUCUACAGUUUAUGCGGAAUCCAUCUUUGUCUUUAGUGGUAUUCCUUACUGGGGAUCGAUCAUUUAUAUUAUUGCAGGUUCACUCUGCAUUGCUGCCGAAAACAAAAUUAAUUCACCCUUCGGUUUGUGUUUGUUGAGAGCUUCACUUGGAAUGAACAUUUCCAGUGCUUUAACUGCAGGCAUUGCCCUUAUUUUAACUUCAAUGGAUUUGGCUCUAGGACCAAUGUACUACAGUUACUGCAAUGAUUAUCAAUGUUUUGGUUUUGAGGCAAGGUAUAAGACUCUUUUCUUGGGAAUCAGUAGUGUAUCACUGAUAUUUGCCUUGCUUCAGUUGAUCCUCUCCAUAUUUCUGUCAGCAUUUGCCUGUAAAGUUUCCUGUUCCUGUUGUCCUCCACAGGUGCCAAAUGUUGCACAAGGUUUACCUCCAGUGCCCUGUCAUUGCCAUGAUCUUAAGAGCCCUGAGAUAUCUGUGAUCAGCAACCCUUCUGUGCAUCACCAUUCUGCAGAAAUUCCUCCACAAUACAGUGGAAGUACAUAAAUAUUAAUAGUGUGCAUGAUGCUUUCCUGGGGCUUUCCCAAAGGUUUCCUGUCACUUGCCUUUCAUAAUUAUUUCAUCAUUACAAGUGAUAAUGAAAGCAAAAAAGAAAAGAA